AUGGCUCAAACAUCGCAACCACAACGCAACACCUACUUCCCCGGCCAUCAAGAUGUCAAGCACCAUCAACUACGUACGGCCGAGAACUGCGCAGCAUAUCUACUUCCCGCUCUCAAAGAGAAAGCUGCAUCAAGCCCCAACCUAACUCUCCUCGACGUCGGCGCCGGCCCAGGGACAAUCACAGCAUCACUGGCGAAGUACAUGCCCAAUGGUCAUGUAACAGCAACGGACAUCUCAGACAAAGUCCUCCAGAGCGCCGCUGCACACGCCGAACAAGUCGGCGUCAACAACAUCACCUUCCAAACCGGAAGCGUCUACAGCCUCCCCUUCCCCGACGACUCGUUCGAUGUCGUGCACGUGCACCAGGUGCUCUGCUACCUCGACUCUCCUGUUGACGCAGUAAAGGAGCUCCUGCGUGUCGCCAAACCCACGGGAAGCGUCAUCGGGAUCUGCGAGACGGACAUGCGGUCGUGGUCGUUCUGGCCUCUGUUGCCUGCGCUGCAGCGGUUCCAUCAGAUCCAGAUGGAGACGCACGAGGCGAACGGCGGCACCAAUGUCGCGGGGCCGCAAUUGAUAUCGUGGGCGUUGAAGGCGGGUGUGAGAAGGGAGCAGGUGAGGAUGACGCAGGGGUCGUGGUGCUACAGUGAGCGGGCGGAGAAGGAGGUCUGGGGCGCUUCGUGGGCAAGUCGGGCGAGAACUGGUGAAGUCGGUAAGAAGGCCUUGAGCAUGGGACUUGCAACCAAGGAUGAAUUGGAGGAGAUGGCAAAGGCGUGGGAGGCAUGGGCGGUCGCGGAGGAUGGAUGCUUCGCGUUACUAAACGGCGAGAUCCUGAUCCAACGAUGA